AUGGCCGGCGGGGAGGCCGCCCCAGCGGCGGGGCCCGACUGAGCCCUGCCGAGGGGUGAGAAAGUCGGGGAAGCCGCCAACGCCGGGACGGGCUGGGUGGAGAAGUUGCGCGCGGAGUGCGAGCCCGAGGGGCACUGGCAACACCGCCGUGAGUUCUUGAUUCGCAACGCGGAAGGCCUGCCCUUGUCGCCGGGCGGGAAAGACGGCGGUGGGGAGGACGGCGACGGAGACAGUGUGGAAUUACGGCGACUGACCUCUCUGUCUAUGGUGUGGGCCAACCAUGUCUUCCUGGGAUGCAGGUAUCCUCUGCAAGUGAUGGAAAAGGUGAUGGACAUGGCUGCAGGCAUCACAGUGACCAAUGCUCCAACCCACACUCUGAGAGAUGAACUGGUUGCCAAGGUGAAACGAGGCAUAUCCAGUAGCAAUGAAGGGCCAGAAGGGCCCUGCAAGAAGCGUGCUGUUGGGACAGAAAAAGCUUCUGAAAUUACUGGCAGUGAUGCAGAUUCUACAAAGCCAGAAGAGCCCAUGGAAACAGAUACUAAUCCUGUGAAGAACCUAGGAAAAGAGGCAGCAAAAAAUGCAGAGAAGUCACUGUCUUCGGCUGCAGCCCAAAAGGUAGCACCUGCAGCAUCUUCAACUGUGGCCGAAGAGGAAGCACCUGCAGCAGCAGCAGCAUCAACAGUGGUUCAGAAGGUAACGCCUACGGCUCCAGUCUCUACAGCUCAGAAGGUAGCACCUGUAGCCUCUUCAACUGCACCUCAGAUAGUAGCACCCACAGCAUCCUCAACUGCAGUCCAGAAGGUAGCAUCUGCAGCUCCAGUCUCUGCAGCCCAGAAGGUAGCACCCGCUGCAUCUUCAACUGUAGCAAGAGUAGAAGCCAGAGUUGCUAAUUAUGAAUCUACAGCAACCACCAGGCACAAAUCAGCUGUGACUUCUUCUUUGCCUGGCCCUGAAUCAAAGUCGAAUUACUGUUUAAAUAAACCUUCAGAAUCCAAAUCUGAAAACACAUUAGCAUCUGAAAAGAAAGGCAUAUUGGAAGAUACAGCAGUGUUAGCUUCAAAAAGCAGCUCAUACGCAAGUGUGGUUCCUGCCAAAGUGCCAUGCAAAUUAUUAACAAGUGAAGACGCAAAAGAGAGGCAACCAUUUUUCAAUAGACUAUACAAAGCUGUUGCUUGGAAGUUGGUUGCUGUUGGAGGGUUUAGUCCCAAUGUCAAUCAUGUAGAACUCUUAAACUCAUCCAUUCAGUCUGUAAAGGAAACAUUAGAUGUUGAAUUUGUCCCACUGAAAGAGCUGGCGGAUUUACCUCAGAAUAAAAGCUCUCAGGAAAAUGUGGUGUGUGAACUGAGAUGUAAAUCGGUGUAUUUGGGUACUGGCUGUGGAAAAAGUAAGGAAAAUGCCAAAGCAGUUGCUUCAAGGGAGGCACUGAAACUAUUUCUCAAGAAAAAGGUAAUUGUGAAAUUAUGUAAAAGGAAGUACAAAGGAAGGGAGAUUGAAGAUUUGGUGUCUUGAUGAAGAAUCAAAACCAUUAAAUUUACCUCCAGCUUUAAGAAAUCCUCAAGAAAUAUUAUAAAACAGUGAAACAGUUGCUGUUUUUACUAGCAAAUAAUGUUCUAUCACAAAUAACUUGAUUACUUUUUGUACACUGUAUUAGACUCCCAUAUAUUUUGUAUUUUUCAGUUUUGAGGAAUUUUUGUUCUUUUCACUCAGUAGCAAAUGUAAAUAAUUUGUUAUAGAUGUAAAGCGUGCUGAGGUAUGCCUUAACAUAUAUAGCACAUUAGUGUGCUGUUUUAUUUGCUAAAUAGUAUACCAGGUAUUCUAUUUUUAAGGAACAAUUAAGGUACAGUUUGCUGUUCAGUCUAAUUUUCUAAAUCCUACAAUUUAGUAUCAGUAAUGCUCACUUCAGAACUCAUCCUUUUUAGCUGCGACAGAUUUGUAGACAAGAACCAUUGUAUCUGGAUUGUAGAAGGUUGUCUAAAAGUUUCAAUCAAACCUUUAAUCACCUGCUUCAUGUGUUGCUCAGAAUGUUCAUAUUCCUGUUUUAAGAAAAGAAGAUAGUUGAUUUGAGUAUUUUAAUGAAGUAGUAAUAUUUUGAAUUUUAACUAAAAUGAUAUGCUGGUCCUAUUUAAUAUCAUACUUGCAAAUUGUCAGUUAAUAAUCACAAAAUUACUUCUAUCACUAAACACUUAUCUAAGCAGCUUUGACUUAUAUUUUGUGAGAAAUACCAUCUUUGCUUUUUUUCUAAUAAAUGCAGCUUUCUAUAUUAAGAAAUUA